AUGGCAUCGCCGUUUGUGCCUGUCCCAGUACCCAUGGACAGAGCCUCAUCAAGUUAUAGUAAUAAACUGAGAAGGCCGCCACGGGCUUCCUCGCUCGGAAGCGUCUCCAGCAGCUCCGAGUCUUCAUCCCCAAUAACCGGUUCAGCUGUGGACAAACAUGGAAGAAGAUGUGGAAGCUCCCAUCGUCAGUCCCGUUGUAUGGACAGAAGCAGUCGAAGCCAGACGCCACCGCCUCUCGGUAGCCCUGUCAUGCAAAAUGGAGAAAACGGAACUUUUGAGCGGUCAGUGGAGUAUUCAAGUUGCCCCCGUUCAAUAUCGGCUCCAGUAGAGAGCCAUCAAGGAGGAGGAGAGGAAAGACCUAUCACCCCAACAGUGCUUGGAUAUGAGGUCAUGGAGGAGAGGGCAAAGUUUACGGUCUAUAAGAUCCUCGUAAGGAAAACCACGGAUGAGAGCUGGGUUAUUUUCAGGAGGUAUGCAGACUUUUCCAGACUGAAUGAAAAGUUAAAAGAUAUGUUUCCGGGCUUUCGGCUAGCGCUGCCCCCAAAAAGGUGGUUUAAAGAUAACUAUGACAACGACUUCCUGGAAGACAGACAGUUGGGACUUCAGGCCUUUUUGCAAAACUUAGUUGCACAUAAGGACAUUGCCAACUGCCAAUCAGUGAGAGAGUUUUUAUGCCUUGACGAGCCGCCAGGCCCGUUCGAUAGUUUGGAGGAGAGCAGGGCUUUCUGUGAAACUCUGGAAGAAAGUAACUACCGUCUGCAGAAAGAAUUGCUGGAGAAGCAAAAAGAGAUUGCCUUGCUCAAGAAGAGCCUUCAGGAGAAAGACGAGGCCAUUCUGCUAAUGGAAAAGCAAAUUAAUGGCGAGUGUGUGACCUCACAGUCUCCAUGCGGCCUGUCGGCUCAGGGCAGUGAGAGCAGUGCAGAUGCCGAUGUGGAAUCAUCUGCUGCAGAGGCUGACCAGGACAUGCCAAAUGAACCCGGGUAA